AUGAAAAUCAAUAUAUCCCGCCCAUUACAAGUUUUACAAUGGUCUUCAUAUAUCCUGGCCGCUUUUUUCAUACAAUUGCUGAUCAUUCUUCCUUUAUCAAUUUUAAUAUAUCACGAUUUCUACCUGCGACUAUUACCUGCUGAUUCAUCCAAUGUAGUGCCGCUUAAUACUUUCAAUAUCUUGCAGGGAAUACAGUUUGGUACGAAAUUCUUCCAGUCAAUUUCUAGCAUUCCAGUGGGCACUGAUCUGCCUCAAACAACGGAUAAUGGAUUACCACAACCAAUCCCUAUGCGUGACAAUAUAGAGUACAAGCUCGAUUUGAAUUUACAAUUCUACUGCCAAAAUAAGAUUGGGCGUUUGAAUCUAGAUAGUAUGUUAAUCGACGUUUAUAAAGGCCCCGGUCCAGUUUUGAGGAGUCCAGGAAGAGUAGACAACGAAGAUGAAAAGAUAUUUCAUACCUCUAGGCCUAUAGUCUGUCUCACAGUAGACGAUUCAUUGUCACCCCAAGAAAUUGAACAGCUGGGCCCAUCUCGCCUAAAUGCCUACAACGAAGAAUGGCUAAAUUCAAUUACAAUCGAAGACAAAAUAUCAUUAGAUUCAUCGUAUGAAACAGUUUCCAUUUUCCUGAAAACAGAAACGGCCCAAACAAGCUUAAUUCUACAGCCAGAGAGUGGAGCCACUUUCAGAAUGAAUUUUGAGCAAGGCUUAAGAAACUUGAUGCUUCGGAAAAGACUUCUAUCAUAUGUCAUCGGCAUUUCUGUUUUCCAUUGCAUCAUAUGCAUGCUAUUUUUCCUAACAGGAUGCACUGCGUUUGUAUUUGUUCGCAAGGGUCAGACGAAAUCCAAGAAACAAAGCUGA